AUGAUACUGAGACGGAACCGAGCGCUGCCUUUAUGGCUUCUCUUUUUGAAUAUAUUUGCUUUGCAAGUUUUUGCCUCCGUUGGCGACCAGCUGCCAGAAUUCAUUGAAUGCGUUGAGGUCUGCAAGCAGGAGAACUGUGCCAAUGGCCGUUCUCUUACAGAAAUACCCCUCCUCCAUAGACUUCUGUUCUGGGAUUGCCCUGCCGAAUGCGAUUAUACCUGCCAGCACAUCAUCACCGAUCGACGCGUCGCAGCAUCCGAAGAGAUAGUCCAAUUUCAUGGGAAAUGGCCGUUCUAUCGUUUCUUAGGCAUGCAGGAACCGGCCUCCGUCUUCUUCUCCUUCUUGAACUUUCUCGCGCACUACACUGGCUACUCCAAGAUCAAAGCCCAGGUUCCCGCGUCGUACCCAUUGCGCAAAUACUAUGUCACUUUUGCAUGCUUUGGGAUGGCGAGUUGGAUCUUCAGCAUUAUAUUCCAUACGCGGGACUUCAUGCUCACUGAAGAGCUGGACUACUUUGCUGCCGGCGCAAGUGUUCUUUAUGGCUUUUACUACACCCCGAUUCGAAUUUUCCAUAUGGACCGAGGAGGGAAGAAGGCAGAAUCGCUUCUACGAGCAUGGACUAUACUGUGUCUUAUGAUGUAUGCGGGACAUGUUGCAUAUCUGAAGUUGGGCAGUUGGGAUUACACAUAUAACAUGGCAGCCAACGUGGUACUUGGGCUCGCGCAAAAUAUGCUGUGGACCUGGUUUAGUAUCAGGAAUUACCGAAGUACCGGGCGUCUUUGGACUACAUGGCCAGGAUUGGUAGUUGGAUGGAUUCUAUUGGCAAUGAGUUUCGAGCUUCAGGAUUUCCCACCCCUGUGGGGUUGCGUGGAUGCCCAUAGUCUGUGGCAUCUGGGCACAGUAGGUCCCUUGGUGUUAUGGUACAAUUUCCUACUUAGGGAUGCCAAAGACGAUAGGACGGGACAACGGAUCAAGGCUUAA